UUUUGUAGAGCCAUAGAAAUUAAAAAGUUUGUCUGGAACUUUUAGUGGCAAAUUUGACAACAACGGUAACACUAGUAACAACAGGUUUUUCCUCAUGGCCAUUAGAUUUUGUGUGGUGACUAGUACUUAUAUCUUGCUGCUUUAAUUAUGGCACACUCUAGCAAUGAGGAAAUUAUCUCUCUUUCUUCUUCUGAAGACGAAGAAGGGGCUAGCCAUUCAUCAGCUGUGGCUGCAACGAGAGACAGAGAAGAAACUGUGAGAGAAUUAAUUCAUCGUGCAAUGGGUCUGCUCAACAGAGCUGAAAACAAUUCUCGUCCGGAACCAUUUAGAUUGACAGAGAACUCCGCUUAUAGAUAUAAAUUCUCUUCACAAAUUACAGCUAGUGACUUGUUCAGAGAAAGUGAAUUGUUAGAUUUAUUUGAGACUGUCUCCAUUUUGAAAGCUAGACUUAGUGCUGAGAGGGUGUUUUCUCUUGGCUGUCCACAUGUGCCAACAGAGAGAGAGAUCUUUGACGAACUUGUCAUGCGCUAUUCGCAUGAGUUCAUUGAUUCAUGGAGAGCAGCAGACAAUCCACAGCUGCCAGCCCCUCACACUACAGAGGCUGCACACACUGAUGCAACUACCUCACACAUCCGGGAAAAUACUGAAAGCAUGGAUACAUCAAGCUUAAACUGUGAUGCUCCUCGAGAGAAUGUUGAGAUGACAGGCCGUCAGGUUCAGCCUCCCUACACAUCACCAAGAUGCAAGAAAAGAAAAAGAGCUGACAUGCAAGAAGACAAGAAACAGACAGACAAGAUAGAUGACAAUGCUGAGGAAGAAGAUGAAGAUUGUUGCUCAGUGUGUCUUGAACCCUGGACUACUGGUGGGGAGCAUCGGAUCACGUGUUUAAGAUGCGGCCAUCUCUUUGGUUUGAGCUGUAUCUUGAAGUGGGUGGAGCAAGCCCACAGCUGUCCCCAGUGUAAAGCUCCAGCCAAAAAAACUGACUUGAGAAAUAUAUUUGUUAGAAAGAUAACAGCUGAGGACACCUCAGAGAGGGACAGGGCACUAAAGCAGCUGGAGGAAGAGAGGGCUGCUAGGAGAGUUCUAGAACAGAAGGAAGCCGUAGCCAGGCAUAAGAUGGAGGUGAUAUCAGCAGAUUAUGAAGUUCUCAAGAGAGAGAUGAACAACAUGAAGUCUCAGAUCUCACAGAGUGGGGGGAGCAUGUCACCAAGUAGUUCAAGUUAUGAACCUAGAGCCAGCAAUGCUAAGGCCAGCCCCAAUUAUGUACAAAGUCAUAAGAAAUAUCAUUUCUUUCAGAGGAUUCCUAUUGCACAGGAUGCAAAUUGUCGCGUGUUCGACUUCUGUAGAGAGAUGGGUAUUAUUGUUGUUUCCCAGAAGUCCCCAAAUGCUCUAUUUAGGGGUUUUGGGAUCAAGCUCUUGUCUCGAGACUUUAAGCCACUAUCCUAUCAGCCCCUUCACUCUGGCGUCAUCCGGGAUAUGUGUUUUCGUCCAAUGACAUAUGAUGGUCAGCUGCUUAGUUGUGGUAUGGACAAGUGUAUCCUGAUGUCCAGUGUGUCCAGUAAAGCUGUCAUCCUCAAGUAUACAGUAAACAUGCCGGUGUGGAGCUGUGCGUGGAACACCAGUAACAACAACAUCUUCUAUGCUGGGAUGGAGAGAGGAGUGGUCAAAGAGUUUGACAUCAGACGAACAGAUUCACAUGUACAAAAUGUACUGGACAAUGGUGUGGGUCCAGUUAGCAGCAUUCAGUUUUGGAAUGGUGCUGGCAGUACAUCCAACAAUUACACGGGACUACUAAUUGGACAAUUACAAAAUGUAAUAUUCAAAGAAUGUGUACCAAACAACCAAUACACAACACAUUUGCUGCCAAGUCUCCAAGCAAGUCUAAUGAGCAUGAGCUUACAUCCCAGUGGACACUUUUUGACAUCCUUUCGACCUAAUACAAAUCUUCCCAAAUGCAAAUAUGAGCUUUACAGUUUAUCAGAAAACACUGCAGAUGUAAGGACCAUAUCAUCUACACAUGUGGCUGCGUGGAAGGGGAGUAAUUUGCAAGCUGUUAUUAGUCGCAACACACUCAUUUCUCGCCCUGAAUCAGAGGAAGAAAAUUUACUAGCAGUUACAGCCAACCAUUAUUUUAACUCAGUUCAUAUUUGGGAUGUAACACGUAAGCAAGACUUCCAGCUUUUACAAUGCUUUGAUAAAGCUGUUGACAUGAAGUCAAUCAACGUGAACCAGAGCUGUGAUUAUCUAGGAGUUCUUACAGAUAAGGAAUUUAUACUGUAUAAGUGGAGAGAUUAGUGUUUUGUGGAGAAGGUUACCUCUUGAUAAAUCAUCAUGUUAGCACUAUGUCAAACAACACGCAUUUAUUUGUAACAUAUUUACCUAAAAUUUUACAAUAAAACAAUCAUGAACA